AUGGAGGGGCAAACCCAAGCGGAGGCCAGGAUUGAUCCCAAUUACGCGGAGGGCGACUCUUACAGCGCGGAGGAUGCCAUCCGGCCACUGGUGGCCACCAACUGCUCCAUAUACGUGGUGGCGCACUCCACACGCGCAAUGCAACCAGCUCGUCGAUUCUCGGAGGUAGUGAUGCUGCCCCAUAUCCUGGAAACGAUGAGGCAACUGGGACUCAACCGCUUGAUGCGCCUGCAGUCGUACACAUGGCCUCAUUUGGGGGCAGGAUUGGGACAUGGAGCGUUGAUAGUGGGUGCUCCGCGCAGUGGGCGCACCUUGGCCUACGUGCCCUCCGUUUGCCAGGCGGUGUGCAAAUCCCUGACGGAGAACAGGCAAUGGAGGAUGCAGCAUCCUGGCAAAUGGCAACCGGAUGAGCUGGGUGCAUUGGCCUUGAUCCUGGUGCCCGACUUACAGCGCGUCCGCCACGUGAGUGCCCUGUGCCACGCCCUCUUGAGGAAGUCCCACACCGAGGAUUGGGUCACCCUGGUCCUCAACAUUCCCUCUGCCAAUUCGGAGCACUACCUCCGCCUCCUGAACGUAGUCGGCUGCCUGGUGGCCACUCCCGUCCAGCUCACAUCCUUAUGUCGUGAGAUGCCGGGUUUGCUGAGGUUCCCACGCCUCCAGUUCCUCGUGUUCGAUGACGUGGACCUGAUGCCCGCCGACCAGCUGAGAAAUGCGCAGCAGGUGCUGCAGGAGAUCUUGCCCACCACCCACUUUCCCCAAUUGGUGAUGGUGUCCCAGUCGUAUAGCGACACUUGGAUGGCCAAGCUGGGAGCCGUUAGCGAUCAUCCGGCAGUUGUUUUUGGCGACAUCCUGGAGGCAGCCUUGUACGGUGGCACUCGCAUUCGGAUUUCCUUGAUCCGUUCCAAGAGCAGCGAAGUGGUCCAGUUGCUGCAACAGCGUCCUCCGCAGGAUUACCGCACUGUGAUCUACUGCAGGGAUGAUGAAGAGAUGGGGCGACUGGUUGCGGAUCUGGAGGAUCAUGACUUUGCUUGCCUUCCCUACUAUCAGAACUCGAAUCUGGAGGAUCACGAGAAGGUUCACAGUUGGAUGGCCAGGAGUGGCGGCUUGAUCCUGCUCUGCACGGACGGUUGUCCGGAGUUAACCAUUCGGAAUGCCCACACACUGAUCCAUCAUGGCCUGAGCAGCACAUGGAGCAGGUUUAAAAUGAGGCAUCUUAUGCUCUCCGACAAUCUUAACAAUAAGCUGGAUUUUACACCCGGAAAAUCGAGUUCUCUGCCCCUGCUUUCCCAGGUGCUCCUCGAUAAUAGCAACCAACGUCAGCUGCCCCGCCUGGUGGACUUUCUACAGCUGCACCAGCAGGUGGAUCCCGACGUGGCAGCAUUGGCCCAGAGGAUUCGGAAGGAGGCACAGAGUGCAAGAAGUAAUAAGCAUGCUCUGUGUGGCCAGAUCUUGAUGCUUGGCGAGUGCCGUGAUCCCACCUGCGAGGAUCGCCAUCAUGUUGCCGAUGGGGACAGGCGUCCCAGCUAUGUUCCCGCCUCCGGAGAUGUGAAGGUUGAGCUGGUCCGCGUCUACUCUCCCACGCACUUUUGCGUGCGUCUCCAGGAGCACUUGCCGAUCAGGGGAACCUGGAAAGUGCUGCCCCACUUGGCGGUGCAGGAGAUGCGACUGAAGCUUCGCCAGGAGAUGGAUCCCAAACGCUACUGGCCUCCAGUGGCAGGAGCCAUCUGCAUGCUCCACACCAUGGAUGACAAAGAGCGCGUCCAAGUGCUCAAGGUGGAUCCUAUUGAGGAUGUAAAUAUACUGCAAUCCAAUCUAUCUGUGGAAGUGCAGGCGCUCGAUGUGGACACUCGAAUCUUGGUGACCAAAUCCGGAGGACUUUUCGAGUGCUCCAAGGCUGUGCAGCAGGAGCCACCGAUGGCCAUUGAUAUGCGAUUGCUCGGAAUGAUUCCGAAGUCCGGGGAAAGCAGCUGGACAGAGGAAGAUCGCCUCCAUGUCGAGAUUUUGCUGACCAAAAUACCCAAGAAUCACUUCCUGCAGGCCAACAUUCAGUUCGCCACUGCAAAAACCCUGUUUGUCCAUGAUCUAGUGGCCAUGAUGUAUGCGGACAAUUUCAAGGUACACGUAAGGCAUUUGAGUCUUGGCCAAAAGCUUAUCCAGAAAAACUUGGCCCGCAGAUGUGAGCAGGCUAAACUAAAGAUCAAAGAUUUCUUUGAGGAAAACUUAACCAAAGAUGAAGCAGUGCAGCAGGAAGUAGAGAAGAAAGUGACGAAAAUACUAAUUGAGGAGAACAAGGAGACCAAUGAGCAGACCCAAAAAAACACACCAAGAAAACUGGAUAAUAAUUUAGUAGACAAUGAAUGUUCCCAGCUUCAAAACACCCAACUUCUGCCCCCAAGAUGCUUACGUCUGAUACAAUUAGCACGCGAGAUGGCUGAGGAGAACGAGCAGAAGACCAAGUCAACAAUGUCUUUAAAAUCAAGUAACCAAAUGGAGAUCUCUUCCCCAGAAAACAAGGAAAAUUCAAUGACUGAAAUCAAAGAAGACGGCAUGAACCAGCUUUACAAGUGCAUGAUGAACUGCGCCAUGUUGCAAUUUCAGGAUAACAAGCUAUCGGUGAAGGAUACCAAUCUGGUCGCAAACAAUCCAGUUGAAUUUCUUGAUAAUGUAAUAAGAGGAGGCAGCACGGGGGGUGAUCUUCCUCCACUUAACCAGAAAUCCAAAAAGAAAAGCAAGGCAAAGAAGGCCAAAUUCAAGGAGGAGAUUCCAUUACAAACCCAUCCCAAUGUGGUGCGACCGGAGGUUACCUAUCAUCAGAGUGUAACUACCUUGGAGUUACAGGUGUGCCUACCCGAAGAUGAUCACGAGUACAAGGCUAUGCUGCAGGAAGGACAGAUCUUCUUUAGAGCCACCUCCAAAUCCUCAGACCUGAUUUAUCAGUUCAUAUUGACCCUAAAAUUUCCAUAUAGCUCCAUGGAUGAUCACAUGUCUGGACGCACCGUCUACAUCAGCAUCGUUAAGUCAUUGGCCAUUAUUUAUCCGCUGGACUUUGGCGAAUACCGAUUCAUGAAGCCCAACCACGAAAUGUUUGCUAAGUUAGACGACUAUCGACAUGGGAAACACGUCAGUCUUAAAGGAUUUCUUAGGGAUCGGAUCUAUGUAAAGCAAAAAGUCAAUUUGCAGGAGAAUAGCGACAUCAGCGAUGAUGAAGAGCGAAAUCUGGAUGGGAUCGAACGUGUGGUCCAUGAUCAAAUCUUCCACUGA